AUGACCGCCGCUUCAAAUCAGGACGGAGCAACGGGACUUUUGAGGAGACCGGAAUGCGCAGGCAGGAAAGGGGACGGAAUACGGAUUUUUGCUCUAAUGAAGGCGGGAGUGCAGGCGCACCAUUGGAGCCGGAUGCUCUUCUUAUAUAUGGGGCUGCUGGUAGCCUCAGUAAAGGCUCAGAACUGCAGUUACACACUACACAAUCCCAAUGGGACAAUAGAGAGCCCCGGAUACCCUUACGGUUAUCCCAACUAUGCCAACUGUACGUGGGUCAUCGUGGCAGCGGAGCACAACCGGAUACAGUUGGUGUUUCAAGGCUUUGCCCUAGAGGAGGACUUUGACAUCUUGUCUGUAUAUGAUGGGCUACCCAGCCCUGGAAACCUCCGGACAAGGUUAACUGGGUUCCAGCUGCCUCCACCAAUUGUGAGUACAGGCUCCAGGCUCACACUGUGGCUACUUUCUGACUAUGCGGUCAGCGGGCAGGGAUUCAAAGCUGUCUAUGAAGCUUUGCCCAGCUACACUUGUGGUAAUCCUGGACAGCUACUCAACGGCCACCAGCAGGGGUCUACUUUUAAUAUCGGGGACAAGAUCCGCUACGGUUGCAGCCCGGGCUAUGUUCUAGAGGGUCAUACCACCCUGUCCUGUCUUGCCACUUCAGCUGGUACUGCUGCCUGGGAUUUCCCUCUUCCAUACUGCAGAGCUGAUGAUGGAUGUGGAGGGACACUACGUGGCCAGAGUGGGGUGAUAACUACUCCCAAUUACCCAUCUGAAUAUAACAACAAUGCUGACUGCACCUGGACUGUGCUGGCUGAGCCAGGAGACACCAUUGCCCUGGUUUUCUCUGACUUUCAGCUGGAGGACGAUUAUGACCUGCUGGAGGUCAGCGGCACUGAGGGUUCUUCGCAAUGGUUUACUGGCCCAAACCUGCCUUCGCCCAUCAUCAGCAGCAAGAACUGGCUUCGACUGCACUUUACUUCGGAUGGCAACCACAAGUUAAGGGGUUUCAGUGCCCAAUAUCAAGUGAAGAAGAUGACUGAACUUAAGUCUCGGGGUGUAAAGAUGUUGCCCAGCAAAGACAACCACCACAAAAUAUCAGUGUUGUCUCAGAUGGGUGUAGCACAGGGACACAAUAUGUGUCCAGAUCCUGGGAUUCCAGAUCGGGGAAAAAGGAAAGGCUCUGACUUCAGGCGAGGGGCCACGGUGCAUUUCUCCUGUGACGAGGGUUAUGAACUGCAGGGCUCAAAGAGCAUCACUUGUCUCAGAGUGACAGACAGCUAUGUAGGCUGGAGUGACGAUCGGCCCAUCUGCAGAGCACCAAUGUGUGGAGGUCAGUUGAGAGGACCCAGUGGUGUCAUCACAUCCCCAAACUACCCAGUUCAGUAUGACAACAAUGCUAAUUGCACUUGGGUCAUCACAGCGACAGACACAUCUAAGGUGAUCAAGCUGACAUUUGAAGAUUUUGACCUGGAGCGAGGCUAUGACACCUUGACAGUGGGAGAUGGCGAAGUGGUGGGAGACCAGAAGACCAUCUUCCACGUCUUGUCUGGUUCAACCACUCCAGACCUUGUCGUGAGCACCAGUCACCAGAUGUGGCUCAACUUCAAAACAGAUGAUACCAGUGGCUCCUUGGGCUUUAAGGUGUCCUAUGAAGAAAUUGAGCAAGGCAGUUGUGGAGAUCCUGGAAUUCCAGCUUAUGGCAAGCGGGAGGGGACAGGUUUCCGUCAUGGGGACAGACUGUACUUUGAGUGUCUGCCUGCCUUCGAACUGGUGGGAAAGAAGAACAUCACCUGUCAGAAGAACAACCAGUGGUCAGCUAAGAAACCCAGCUGUGUUUUUUCCUGUUUCUUCAACUUUACCACUCCAUCGGGGGUGCUGCUAUCUCCCAACUACCCUCAGGAGUACGGGAACAAUAUGCACUGUGUGUGGCUCAUCAUCACCAACCCUGAGAGCAGAAUCAAUCUGGCCUUCAACGACCUCAGCAUGGAGAAACAGUUUGACUUCCUCUCCAUCAAGGAUGGGGGAAAGGCUGAAUCUCCUAUCCUGGGCACCUUCUCUGGUGAUGUCCUGCCUCCUCCCAUAACAACGAGUGCCCAUGUAGCCCGUUUGGAGUUCCUGACUGACCACACCUACACAGACAGAGGCUUUAACAUCACAUUUACAACAUUCCGCCACAACGAGUGCCCAGACCCGGGUGUGCCAGUUAAUGGGAAGCGCUUCGGAGAGAGCCUUCAGCUGGGCAGUUCCAUCUCAUUCCUGUGUGAGGAGGGCUUUGUUAAGACCCAUGGCUCUCUGACCAUCUCCUGUAUUCUCAAGGACGGCAAUGUGGUGUGGGACAAUGCUGUUCCUCGCUGUGAAGCCCCAUGUGGAGGGGAUCUGAAGGCUCCCAGUGGAAUCAUCCUCUCCCCUGGCUGGCCAGAGCUAUACAAGGAGGCCCUUAACUGUGAAUGGAUCAUUGAGGCUCCUCCAGGCUACCCCAUCAAGAUCAUCUUCGACAAGUUUCGCACUGAGGUUAACUAUGAUGUCCUUGAGGUGCGCGAUGGGCGUUUUCCCUCUUCACCACUCAUUGGUAGUUACCAGGGCACGCAGGUUCCCCAGUUCCUGAUCAGCACCUCCAACUUCCUGUAUCUCCUAUUCACCACUGACAAGAGCCACUCUGACAUUGGCUUCCGUAUACGUUAUGAAACCCUGCAGCUACAAUCAGAUCACUGUGUGGAUCCUGGUAUACCUGUCAAUGGGCAGCGACAUGGGAAUGACUUCUACGUUGGAGCACUGGUGACAUUUAGCUGUGAUGCAGGGUACACGCUUAGUGACACUGAGCCUUUAGAAUGUGAACCCAAUUUUCAGUGGAGUCGCCCCCUGCCUAGCUGUGAUGCAUUGUGUGGAGGUUAUAUCCAGGGCAACACCGGCACCAUCUUGUCUCCUGGCUUUCCAGACUUUUACCCGCAUAACCUGAACUGCACAUGGAUAAUCGAGACCUCCCAUGGCAAAGGUGUCCAGUUCACCUUCCACACCUUCCACCUUGAGAGCCCUCAUGACCAUUUAUUGGUGACGGAGAACGGCAGCUUCUCUCAGCCCCUUUGGAGGUUGACAGGCUCCAUAUUGCCUCCACCUCUCAGCGCAGGACUGUUUGGAAACUACACAGCGCAGAUCCGCUUUCUGUCCGACUUUUCCGUUUCGUACGAGGGAUUCAACAUCACCUUCUCUGAGUAUGAUUUGGAGCCGUGUGAGGAUCCUGGAAUCCCACCCUACAGCACCAGAAAGGGAUUGCAGUAUGGCGUGGGCGAUGCCCUCAUCUUCUCCUGUUUCCCAGGUUACCGACUGGAGGGUCCAGCGAGGGUGGUCUGCUUAGGGGGCAGGAGGCGGGUGUGGAGCUCCCCUCUGCCAAGGUGUGUUGCUGAAUGUGGUUCAUCCGUGACUGGCAUGCAAGGGGUGCUGCUCUCACCCAACUACCCCGGUUACUACGGCAACAACCACGAGUGCAUCUACUCCAUCCAGACGCAGCCUGGCAAAGGCAUUCAGCUACGAGCACGGGAUUUCAGACUGGAGGAGGAUGACAUACUCAAAGUCUUUGAUGGCAGCAGUAAUAAAGCUCGCCUGCUGGGGGUAUUUACAGGCAACGAGCUGCUAGACACAACCCUGAACUCCACCUCCAGCUCUAUGUGGCUUGAGUUUAUCAGUAAUGCGGAUAACACCAGUAAAGGCUUUGAACUACACUUCACUAGUUUUGAGCUCGUGAAAUGUGAGGAUCCAGGUGUUCCCCUGUUUGGCUACAAGCGGGAGGACAAGGGUCAUUUUGCAGGGAGCACCGUGUCUUAUAGCUGCGACCCGGGUUACACUCUGAAAGGUCCAGAGGUGCUCACCUGCCUGAGGGGAGAAAGGAGGGCUUGGGACAGCCCCCUUCCACUCUGUGUUGCCGAGUGUGGUGGCACCAUCAAAGACGAGCCUUCUGGUCGCAUCCUUUCUCCGGGCUACCCGGCACCAUAUGAGCACAACUUGCACUGCAUGUGGACCAUUGAGGCAGCACCAGGAAGCACUAUAAGUCUUCAUUUCUUGGUUUUUCACACGGAAGAGGUCCACGAUGUGCUUCGGAUCUGGGAUGGGCCCCAAGAUGGAGGUGUCCUGCUGAGGGAGCUAAGUGGCUCCGUGCUGCCCCAAGAUGUCCACAGCACCUUUAACACCAUCAGUCUCCAGUUCACCACAGACUUCUUCACCAGUAAACAGGGCUUCGCUCUUCAGUUUUCUGUCUCUACCGCAACCUCCUGCAAUGACCCAGGCAUGCCUACUAAUGGGACCCGCGGUGGCGACAGCAGGGAGCCUGGAGACCAUGUGGUGUUUCAGUGUGAUCCAGGUUACAUCCUGCAGGGGGCCAACAGGAUCACCUGCACUGAGAUCAAUGGUCGCUUCUUCUGGCAGCCAGACCCUCCUACAUGCACAGCUCCAUGUGGCGGGAACCUGACAGGUCCUAGUGGGCUGAUUCUGUCUCCAGACUAUCCUGAACCGUAUCCUCAUGGAAGAGAGUGCGACUGGACAGUUACUGUCACACAGGACUAUGUCAUCUCUCUGACCUUCAACCAGUUCAGUUUGGAGCCAAGUUAUGACUUCUUGCAUAUCUAUGAUGGACCAGACUCCCUUAGCCCCUUGUUGGGUAGUUUUUAUGGCACAGAUGUUCCAGAUCGCAUUGAGAGCAGCUCCAACACGCUCUUCUUGGCUUUCCGCAGCGAUGCCUCCCUCAGCAGCAAUGGAUUUGUGCUGCAGUACACAGAGAACCCUAGGGAGUCUUGCUUCGAGCCUGGCCUGGUGCGCAAUGGGACACGGGUGGGCACCGACCUCAAGCUGGGCUCCAUGGUCACCUACCACUGCGACAGUGGCUACACGCUAGAGGGAGACCCAACGCUCACUUGCAUCAUGGGGGGAGACGGCAAGCCGAGCUGGAACAAACCCAAACCCAUCUGCAUUGCUCCAUGUGGUGGACAGUACUCUGGUACAGAGGGAGUGGUCUUGUCCCCCGGUUACCCCGGCAACUACAGCAGCGCACGAACCUGUUUGUACUCUGUAGUCGUGCCCAAAGAUUACGUGGUCUUCAGUCAGUUCGCCUUCUUCCAGACAGCCCUGAAUGACAUUGUGGAGGUGUAUGAUGGGGCAACGCAACACUCCCGUGUUCUUAGCUCACUCUCUGGAGCGCACACAGGUGAGUCGUUGCCAUUAGCAACCUCCAAUCAAAUCCUGAUCCGCUUUACCUCCAAAGGCCAAUCAAGCUCUAGAGGAUUCCAUCUAGUCUACCAGGCUGUGCCACGGACCAGUGCCACCCAGUGCAGCUCAGUCCCUGAACCCCGAAAUGGCCGACGCAUGGGUAACAACUUUGCCGUCGGUGCGGUGGUCCGCUUUGAAUGCAGCCCUGGUUACGUGCUGGAGGGCUCAAGCGCUAUUGAAUGUUUAACCGUUCCCAAUGCCCUGGCACAGUGGAACAGCUCCAUACCCAGCUGUAUAGUUCCAUGUGGAGGUAAUCUGACCCAGCGAACUGGCACCAUCUUAUCUCCCGGCUUUCCUGAGCCCUACCUCAACAGUCUCAACUGCGUGUGGAAGAUCACAGUUCCUGAAGGAUCAGGAAUCCAGAUCCAGGUAAUCAGCUUUGUGACAGAGCAGAACUGGGAUUCGCUGGAGGUGUUUGACGGAGGCGACAACACCGACACCAUGCUUGGCAGCUUCUCAGGCACAACUGUCCCAGCUCUGCUCAACAGCACCUCCAACCAACUCUACCUCCACUUUUUCUCUGAUAUCAGUGUGUCUGCGGCUGGAUUCAGGCUGGAAUACAAAACCGUGUCUUUGACUAGCUGUCCAGAGCCUGUAGUUCCUAUGAAUGGUAUCAAGGUUGGGGAGCGUCUUCAGAUGAAUAAUGUGGUGUCAUUCCAUUGUGAACCUGGAUAUACGCUGCAGGGGAACUCGCACAUCACUUGUAUGCCUGGCACUGUCAGACGAUGGAACUACCCACCUCCUCUCUGCAUAGCUCAGUGUGGUGGAAUUCGGGAAGAGAUGGAGGGGAUGAUUCUCAGUCCUGGUUUCCCUGGCAACUACCCUAGCAACAGUGACUGCACCUGGAGAAUCUACCUGCCAGUUGGUUAUGGAGCCCACAUUCAGUUCCUCAACUUCUCCACUGAGGCCAACCACGACUUCCUCGAGAUACGCAACGGGCCCCUGGAAACAAGCGCUGUCAUUGGCAGAUUCAGCGGCCAGGAUGUUCCCUCUUCCCUUCUCACCACCUCCCACGAGACCACAAUAUACUUCCAUAGCGACCAUUCUCAGAACAAACCUGGCUUCAGGUUUGAGUACCAGGCAUAUGAGCUACAGGAGUGCCCGGAUCCAGAGCCUUUUCGCUACGGGGUGGUUGUGGGUGCUGGCUACAAUGUGGGCCAGUCUAUUUCCUUCGAGUGUCUGCCUGGGUAUCAACUGAUGGGACAUUCAAUCCUCACCUGCGAGCACGGUACCACCCGCAACUGGGAUCACCCUUUCCCUCGCUGUGAAGUGCCUUGUGGUGGGAACAUCACAUUACACAAUGGGACCAUCUUCUCCCCGGGUUACCCUGAGGAGUAUCCAAGCUCAGCUGACUGCUCCUGGCUGAUUACUGUGGCUCCCGGCUUUGGCAUCAAACUCAACUUCUCCUUGCUUCAGGUUCAUGGGCCACAUGACUUCAUUACUGUCUGGGAUGGUCCACAAGAAACAGCCAGGAAACUAGGUGUGUUUACUGAUGGAGAGCCCAAUGACCCACCCAGUAGCACAUCCAAUCAGGUGCUGAUACGGUUCCGUAGUAAUACAGAGAAGGGUGGACUCUUCCGUAUCAGCUAUCAAGCUUACAGACUACAGUACUGCCUUCCUCCCCCUAUCAUUCCUAAUGCUGAGAUUCUGAUGGCAAGCAAAGAAUUUAAAAUUGGUGAUAUAGUGCGCUACCGAUGUCUUCCAGGCUACCAAUUAAGUGGAAACAGCAUCCUGACGUGUCGGUUAGGCACACAUUUGGAAUUUGAGGGCCCUCCACCCUCAUGUGAUGUGACUUGUCCCAUGAACGAGAUACUCACGGCUUCCACUGGCGUCAUCAUGAGUCAGUCACCCGGCACUGGCUUUCCCCACUUCGAGUCUUGCUCCUGGGUGGUCAAGGUCGAACCCGGCUACAACAUUACUUUCACUAUUGAACACUUCCAAACCAGCCGUCAGUUUGAUGAGCUUGAAAUUUUUGAUGGCCCAUCCAGACAGAGUCCUCUCCUAAUCACACUAAGUGGUAACUAUUCCAGUCCGCUCAGCAUCACUAGUUCCAGUAACAAAGUGUACCUGCACUGGUCCUUCGAUCACACUACCAGCCACAAAGGCUUCCGCAUACGCUACUCAGCGGCCUACUGCAGCCCUCCAAACAACCCAGUAAAUGGCACAGUGCACAGUCUGACAGGCACAAAGCUCGGCAGCACCUUGCGAUUCAGCUGUGACCAGGGCUUCCGCCUUAUUGGCCAAAGCAGUGCCACCUGUACGCGGACCGCACAGGGGAUCUACCAGUGGAAUGCACCAGUCCCACUCUGCCAAGUCAUGUCCUGUGGAAUGCCAGUUCCUCCCGUUAAUGGCAGUAUUGCUGGCCAGGACUUCUCUCUAGGAGCCAGGGUCACCUAUCAGUGUAACCCUGGAUUUCGGCUUUCAGGGCCCAUCACCACCUCAGUGACCUGCCAAGAGUCUGGGAGAUGGAGCCCCAUUGAGGCCCCACCUAGAUGUAUUCCUGUUACCUGCCCCGACAUUGGUCACUCUGCAGUAGAACAUGGGAGAUGGAGGCUAAUCUAUGGGACUCAAAACCAAUAUGAUGCUAUAAUGAUGCUCACUUGCGACCCAGGAUAUUAUUAUAGGGGUCAAAGGGUAAUUCGCUGCCAAGCCAACAGCACAUGGAACUACCCAAAUCCUCGCCCAGUCUGCGUCAUCAUCUCCUGUGGGGACCUUGGAACUCCACCAAACGGACACAAGAUCGGAACCCUUACUGUGUAUGGAGCCACAGCUAUUUUCUCAUGCAACACGGGCUAUACCUUGGUGGGCUCUCGUGUACGAGAGUGUUUGUCCAACGGGCUUUGGAGUGGAACACAGGUCCAGUGUCUAGCCGGUCAUUGUGGUACUCCAGAGCCAAUAGUGAAUGGCCAGAUCGUUGGGGAGAAUUAUAACUAUCGAGGUAGCGUUGUGUACCAGUGUAACCCAGGAUUUCGUCUCAUUGGGGUGUCAGUUCGAAUCUGUGAACAGGAUCACCGCUGGUCAGGACGCACUCCUGUUUGUGUCCCCAUCACAUGUGGCCACCCUGGAAACCCUAUUUUUGGUAUGACCCAAGGAACCCAGUUUAACCUAAAUGAUGUUGUGCGCUUCGUCUGCAAUACUGGAUAUGUUCUACAGGGGGCUGUGAAAUCUACUUGCCAGGCCAACGGGCAGUGGAGCAACACCCUACCCAGGUGUAAAAUUGUUAACUGCACAGAGCCAGGCCAUGUAGAGAACAGCAUUAGGCAGGUGCUGUCCAGCGGGCCGCAUCGCUACAGCUUCCAAACCACCGUGUCAUAUCGCUGUAGUCCGGGCUACUACCUGCUGGGCACCAGCUCCAUCGCUUGUCAGGGAGAUGGCACCUGGGACCGCUCCCUACCCAAAUGCUUGUUGGUGCUGUGUGACCGCCCCAGCAUGCCUCCUUACACCCAGAUCUCAGGUGACCGUCGAACAGUAGGCUCUGUCAUUCGCUACAGCUGCAUCGGUCAACGUACCAUAAUUGGUAACACAACAAGAAUGUGCCAGCUGGAUGGGCAGUGGAGCGGCUCGCCACCACACUGCUCUGGAGAUUCUGCUGGAUUGUGUGGAGAUCCGGGAGUUCCUGUGCACGGAAUCCGACUAGGAGAUGAGUUUACGGUGGGCAGUGUUGUCCGCUUCAGCUGUGAGCCAGGCUAUGUGCUGAAGGGCUCUCCAGAGAGAACCUGUCUGACCAAUGGUAGCUGGCUGGGCACACAACCUGAGUGUCACGUAAUUUCAUGUGGGAAUCCAGGGACUCCACGAAAUGCCCAGAUCCUCAUUCACGAUGGCCUAACCUUUUCCAGAUCCAUCACUUAUGCUUGUAGGGAGGGCUACUACUCUACUGGACUCCUGACCCGACACUGUACUGUUAACGGGACUUGGACAGGCAACAUGCCCGAGUGCUCAGUAAUCAACUGCGGUGAUCCUGGAGUGCCAUCCAAUGGGGUGAGAUUUGGGAAUGAUUUCACCUACAACCACACGGUCAAUUUCCAGUGCUCUCCUGGUUUCACCAUGGAUGCUGAUCGGGCCUCCUCUCUCAUCUGCACCAAAGACCGCACCUGGAAUGGCACCAAACCACUCUGUAAAGCAAUCGUCUGUGGUCCACCACCCACCAUCCCUAACGGACAGGUUGUUGGGACAGACUUCACCUGGGGUUCCAGCAUAAGCUACUCGUGCAACCAAGGUUACCAGCUGUCCCUGCCCACUGUGUUAACAUGCCAGGGCAAUGGCAACUGGAGUGGAGAGAAGCCGCAGUGCUUCCCUGUUUUCUGUGGAGACCCAGGGAUGCCAGCACAGGGGAGAAGGGAGGACAGCGGUUUCACCUAUCUCUCCUCUGUCUCCUUCUUCUGCGACCCUUCACUCAUCCUGGUCGGCUCAGCCCGGCGAUACUGCCAGUAUGAUGGCACCUGGAGUGGCACACAACCCUCGUGCAUAGAUCCCAGUCACACUACUUGUGGAGAUCCUGGCACUCCUCUCUUUGGAAAUCAGAACAACAGUCAAGGCUAUCAGAUUGGCAGUACUGUGUUCUUCAGCUGCAGAAAGGGCUACUUACUCCAGGGCUCUAUUUCUCGCACGUGUCUGCCUAACCUCACUUGGAGUGGCUUUCAACCUGAGUGCAUUGCCCACCACUGCAGCCAGCCAGAGCUGCCAGCCCAGUCUGAUGUGAGAGCCAUUGAACUGCCAUCUCUGGGCUACACACUGAUCUACACGUGUCAGCCCGGCUUCUACUUGGCCGGAGGAUCAGAGCACAGGACAUGCAGGUCCGAUGGUAGCUGGUCAGGGAAACCACCUUUGUGUACAGCUGAUAAUCGCCCAAGUGGUGGGAUCCCAGUGGGAACGGUGCAGGAGCCACCCUCCAAACACCCAGUCCCUGUUGGUGUAUUUGCUAAGAACUCCCUCUGGAGGGGAUCCUAUGAGUACCUGGGGAAGAAGCAGCCGGCUAUGCUGAGCAUCACUGCAUUUGAACCCUUUAGCAAUCGGGUUAAUGGGACACUCAUUGAUCACAGUGGAGUAGAACUUAAGCUGGCAGGUACAUAUAAGAGGGAGGACGCUCAGCUGGUGCUACAGGUUCAUCAGAUCAGAGGCCCCGUGGAGAUCUUUGUCAACAAGUUCAAAAUGGACAACUGGUCCCUAGAUGGACGUGUGUCCUACAUCUCCUCUUCCAACUCCUUUGUGUACCAGGGAGUUGUCACAGGAAAAGGCUUUGGCCAAUUUGGUCUCCAGAGACUGGAGAGUUUAGAUCCCAGCAGAGACAGCCCAGGCUACAACUUUGCCUCCAACAGUAGUUCAGUGGCGGCAGCCAUCCUAGUGCCUUUUAUAGCUAUGAUCAUCGCAGGCUUCGCUCUGUACCUCUACAAACACAGAAGAAGACCCAAGGUUCCCUUCAAUGGUUAUGUGGGCCAUGAGAACACUAAUGGGCGAGCUACAUUUGAGAACCCUAUGUAUGACCGCAACAUCCAGCCCACUGACAUCAUGGCCAAUGAGACAGAGUUCACAGUCAGCACAGUGUGCACAGCUGUAUAGCAACUGCUUCCUCCAAAGUUAGGGGAGGAGAAGCGCACCACAUCCUCGCCUGCCUGCCUGCCACCAGAGGACAUCUAUAGUUCCUUGAGCAGAGGGCAAGACAAAGAUUAUUUUAUUUGCUGAAAUACCUUCGAGAAACAUCUCCAGUGGCAACGGCGCUUUUACCUGCUGGAGAUGAGAAAAGAAAAAAGAAAAGAAACCAUGUGAAGUCAACAACUGGAACAAAU